UAAGUCUUUCUUUAACUUCUUUCUUUAAUAAUAGUCAUAUAUUUUUGUUCUAGUACUCUGGGAACUCAUAACAAUAUAAUCCUUAUUGAAUCUUUUGAAAAAAUCUGCCGAAUUUUUUCAAUAAUCACACAUUCUGGUAAUAAAAAGCGAGAUUUACAACAUGGUGAUAUAUCAAUAUGAUGAAAUGCGUUUUACGUACUCAUUUCUUAUUGAAUGAAAAUUGACUGAUCUUUUGAAUCGAAUGAUGUUUUUUACCGGAGGAAUGAAAGCUCUUAUCAAUAUAUCACAACCUUUACGUUCUUACACGAUGACUCAUAUAUCGACAAUGAAGAAGUUAAUUGUUUGUUUUCCUUAAUUAGUGAACAAUGUUCAAUUUAAGCGAGAUACAUUGUUUUUAUAUGAAUUUAAUUUGCAAAUGUUUUACUACCUAAAGCUGGGGCAUAUAAAUUGGGACAUCUACAUAUCUCCAUUAUCAAUGGUUGUAUGAAAAAGUUCCACAGUUCAAAGUUACAGUAUUUCGAAGGAAACAGACAGGACUUAAAAUUUUAUCGGCAUGAUUGGCCCUCCAUUGUUAGUUUAUUAAUUAAUUAAAUUCUAUGUAAAGCGGUGCCGGAUCUCUACCGGUCCACCGGGAAUUUUCUCAAACUCCCGAUGACCAGCCCACCCCUGGAUAUAGGCAAUGUACAGUGCCGUCAUUCCAGUAAGCAAUCCGGCACAACGACUGGUUCUAAAGUUUACUUUCGGCAUUCCAGUGUUACUGGAAUCGUUUAGACAGUUCAAUAUCCAUUGCUGGUUGGAGCAUAGUACAGUGUACACGAGUUUGUGUUUUUAAUUAAAAAUGGCGAAAAAAUUAAACAAAAAUCAAACUUCUAAGUUCGUUACUCUGUACAGAGAGCAUGAGUGCUUAUGGGACAUCGCGUCUAAAGAUUAUAAAAAUAAGGCUAUGCGUGAAUCUGCCUUGAAAAAGAUUUGCGAAGAUAUGCAAAUGGAAGGUUUUGGCGUGGAAGAUGUUAAAAAUAAAAUAAAGUCUAUUCGAUCUACUUACUACUUAGAAUUAGACAAGAUUAAAAGGUCAACUACAUCUGGUGCUAGUGGCAAUGUAUAUGAACCUAAAAUGAAAUGGUUUACAGAGCUGGACUCUUUUAUAAAAAAUGUGGUGGUGAAAAGAAAAACGCACGACAAUAAUGACAGUACCCAGUCUGAAUCAGAAAAUAAUGUUACUGCAGCCCCUACUAUAUGUUCUGGAAUAGAAUCGCCUAAAACGAAAUCAAAAAAGAAUAAAAUGUCACGGCUAUCUUCAAUAGUUAGUAGCGCGAAAUUGCUACAGAAUGACAUAUGCAGAGCAGAAGAAGAAGAUGAAUUCGAUGUCUUCGGAAAGCACGUUGCAAAACAAUUACGAAAACUUUCAACUGAACAAGGUAUCGUAGCUCAAGAAGAAAUUCAAAGCGUGAUAACGAAAUAUCGAUUAAAUGAUCUGCGUUAUUUCAAUGAUUAAUAAUAAUCAGAUUAAACUAACCUUUUAAUGCUCUACAUAUUUCGCGCCAGACCUCUGGUACAAAUUUUUAUAUAGAGGAUUUAGAUAUCCCGAAGAAAUGACCGAGGUUUUUAUAAUUACUUCCAGCGGUCAGGGAAGAUAAUGUGACUUCUAAUAUUGAUUUUGUUGAUCUUUUUGUGUUGUUACGUUAAAUGUUACUUGAGAUUAAGGAUAAUAAUUCUUCAAACUUUA